AUGAAAACGUCAUCUCGUGUUAUAUCCGUUCUCAUAGAUCCACAGAACAAAAAUGAAUUGAUACCAUUGGAAAAGCGGGCUACACUGAUUAAGAAUAUUGUAAUCAUGCACAAGAGCAAGAAGUUUUGGAUUGAUCCAGCCAUUCAAUUUGACACAUUGGCUUCGCUGUUUGAACACUACCAAACAAAAUCUCUACUCGUUGAUAAGGAAUCGAUUUUACUUAAACGUGGUGUUGGAUUAUGCAGAUGGGAAUUUAAACACUCAAAUGUCCAAGUAGGAAGGCUACUAGGAAGAGGAGCUUAUGGUGAAGUUAGGAAAGGAACUGUUAUACGAAAAAAUGGGCAAAUUGUAAAUGUAGCCGUUAAAACAGGAAAGAAAAAUCGAAUCAGCUCGCGGAGACGAAAUCGAGACCUAAUGUAUGUACAUAUUCAGCUAACUAUGACAAGUCUUCUCACCCGGGAAUUAAUACGAGAAAUCAUGAAAGAGGCACGAAUAAUGCGCGACCUCCAUCACGUGAACGUUGUCGCCAUGAUUGGUGUCGUACUUAUCGACCAUCCAUUGUAUAUCCUGUUGGAAUAUGUUUCAGGUGGCGCACUCGAUGUAUAUUUAAGACGCAAACAAGCAAAAAUUUCCAAAGGCGAAAGAUUAGCAAUGAUGAUAGGGAUUGCGCAGCGGAUGGCUACCAUUCACAAGGCAAUCAUACACAGAGAUCUUGCGGCAAGGAAUUGCCUUUACGAUAGAAGUCAUACGGUGAAGAUCUCAGAUUUUGGUUUGUCGCGGCCAGGCACGGUGUACAAGAUGAAAAGCGCACAAAAGAUGCCGAUUAAGUGGAUGGCGCCUGAAAGUAUUCUAACGUUCACAUUCACGCAAAUCGUAUUUACACCAACUAUAACCAAAACUAACGUAUUAAAUGUUAAGGUUCUAACGUAUGAAAUAUUUGCUGCAAUUGGUCCAUACGACGACAUGAGGAAUAGUGUUGUAAAAAAAAUGAUUGUUGAGGGCAAAGUGAAUCAAUUUCCUGCAUCUACUCCAGACUAUGUGAUGAGUGAAGGAAAAACUACAGCGACGAUCGAAAUUGAUGUGACAACCGAGGCUAAGGCUAAGAAGCCAGCAAAAAUGGCAGAUUCAUUGAAAGAGUUCGAAGAAGAAAGAAGGAAGCUGAUACACCAGUCAGCAAAGAAGCAAGCUACACCUGUCAGCAAGGAAGCGGCUACACCGGUCGAAUGUCCGUUCGAUGCGCAGUACUGCUUCAAAAACUACGUUGAGCAAAAAGCACUAUCCACCCAUAUGUCGACGCGGAGCUGUGGAACCCUGAACCUUUGUGCG